AUGCAGGACAAGGCUGGGCAGUUCAUCUGCUACCUAGACUUGGUCAGGCUCAACUCGCCGGCGGCAGGCUCCAACCGGAACCGCGGGCUGGUUCUCAAGGGCAUGCCCGGGCCGAAGGUCGUCGUGCAGUGCCUCGACGGCACCGUGGUGACGGUGAAUGCUCGCAACGUCCGUGUCGCGGACCGGAGCUACUUCUGCCCGGGCAUGGUCGUCGCGUCGGCGUCAGACCGUGGCGGCCAGCUCGGGGUCGUCACGGGCGCCGCCGUGGAACUGGAUCUGGUCCGGCUAGACGGUGAGGACGCGGCGGCGGCGUUGGUCGCGAGGGGCGUGUCCCCAGCGGAGCUGCGCCGCGUCAGUGAGUUCUGCCUAGGGGACUACGUCGUGUCAGGACCGUGGCUGGGCCGGGUCUUCGAGGUGUCCCUCGACGUCGACGUGCUCUUCGACGACGGCACCGUCUGCAGGGUCACAACAGCGGACGGCAAGCUGUGGCCCGUCGGCGAGGGCUCUUCAAAACGCUACACCAACAACGUCUUCUAUCCGGGGCAGCGCGUCGGCGGCCGCUCGUCCGUCUUCAAGGCCGCCCGGUGGCUCAAGGGCUACUGGAAGCCCAGCGAUGGCGAGGGCACCGUGUCCAAGGUGGAAACCGCCAGCGUGCUCGUCUACUGGGUCGCGUCGUCGCAGCUGGGCGCCGAGAGGUCCGUCGUCCAGGCGUCGUCCACGCCGGCGCACCAGCAGAGCCCUCGCGAUCUGACAUUCUUCCGCGCUGGCGACGACGUCUUGGCAAGGUUCUGGGGCGUGGGCGACCGCUGCUUCUUCCGCGCUCCUUGCCGCCGCCGCGUACUCCCUGCCGGCGAUGUCGGUGCCAACCGGAAUCGGCUGCGGCGGCUGGGGGCGAAGCGGACGCCGCGACGAGAAAGCUGGAGCCACGCAGGGUUCGAGCGGCCGUUGUCCGUCGCCAGCACGCGCACGACGCUCGACGUGCUGUGGCAGGACGGGACGCGGCAGUGCCAGGCGCCGUCGGUGUCGCUCGUUCCCACCAUGCCACAGAACACCCACCACUUGUUCCCAGGCCAGCGCGUCGUUAGCAGGACAUCGUCGGACGGCGACGGCGACGUCGCGCGUUCUGGUGUCGUCAGAAGCCUCAACUUCACGGACCAGACCGUGCGCGUGUCGUGGCAAAAGGCGGCGGCUGAACACGCCGAUGACGAGACACUGAGCAGCACGUACGAUCUUGGCAGGGAUUUCGACAGCAAUGUCUUCUAUGGAGAUGUUGUCGUCCGCAGGCGUCCAACAGACUCCUCAAUUGGGGUCGCCGGCGACAUUUGUGGAAGCACGGAAGAGCCAGUGCUGACACCGUGCCGAAAGAAGGAGCCCACUAGAGCUCAUGAUCUUUCAUGGGUCGGACACAUAGUUGAUUUUUGUGAUGCACACCAUGUCCAAGUCAAGUGGGGUGACGGCAACAUGUCCAAGGUGUCUUUCCAUGAGAUAACUGUCGUCAAAGAGCAAAGUUUUGGUGAGUUCCUUCAGGAAAUAGGCGAGUGGGUGUCUGAAGAUGGAGGCAUGAGCAACGACGCUAUUGAUCACGAAGCACAAGUGACUGCCGCUGCCGUUGUAAGUAUCCCUCCGCACACAAAUUUCAAUUCCCCAAGAGAUCGGGUAAAUGGUUGGACGGUGCCGGGAGCGUCAACCUCGGAGCUUACGGCCAGAGGGAACAACAAUGUAUCCGCACCCGUGUCCGGUGGUGAUGGUGAUGCCAAGGAGACCUCCACUGCUGUGGCAGGCAUCAAUGGAGGAGGUGGUGGUGAGGGGAAGCAGGCAGAGGCAGAUGCCACCGGCGAUGACAAGUCAUUUAGCUUCCCACAAUUUGAUAUCGUGCAGAGCCCUUCAGAUCACCAUUACCUUGAUAACAUGGAGCAGGGCACUGGUGGGGGGAAGAAGUGGAUGAAGAGGGUGCAAAAGGAAUGGAAUAUUCUUGAGAAUAACUUGCCAGACACCAUCUUCAUGCGGGCGUACGAGGACCGCAUGGACCUCCUGCGAGCGGUGAUGGUCGGAGCUAGCGGGACGCCGUACCAUGACGGCCUCUUCUUUUUCGAUCUGCAGCUACCGCCGUCGUACCCUGCCGCGCCACCGCUGGUGUGCUACCGAUCGUUCGGCCUACGUGUGAACCCCAACCUCUACCCCUCCGGCACGGUGUGCCUGAGCCUGCUCAACACCUUCGGUGGCCACGGAGCCGAGCUGUGGUCCCCGGAGGCUUCGACCGUCCUCCAGGUCGUCGUCUCCAUCCAGGGCCUCGUGCUCAACGCCCAACCAUACUACAACGAGGCGGGCUACGCCGUCCUGGUAGGAACGCCGCAGGGUCGCCGGAACGAGCUCCCGUACAGCGAGAACACCUACCUGCUCACCCUGCAGACCAUGCUCCACCUCCUGCGCCGGCCGCCGGCGGGCUUCGAGGAGUUCGUCAGGGACCACUUCCACCGGCGAGGGCAGCACGUGCUCCGAGCGUGCGAGGCAUACCUAGAUGGCUGCCUCGUGGGCACGCUCGAUGGCGAGGGGAGCGGGGCGCGGCGCCCGUGCUCGGCGGGGUUCAGGCUCGCCCUCGCCAACGUGGUGCCCCGGCUUGUUGAGGCGUUCACCGCGAUCGACGCUGAUGGAUGCAAGGAGUUCGAUCGGAUACGGGUGCCAACAGUAUGCACUUAAUUUGUCUCUGCUACUCGCUAGUCCAUUUGUAUCCUACUUACAUUUUAAGUUACAAAACGCGUGUUCACACAUUUGAACUUUCACAUCAAUAUUAUAUUUUUGUAUACUGUUGGGAAUGGUACAACAGUUUUGCUA